GAGGCAGCUAGCGCGAGGCUGCGAGCUCGAUCCGCGCGUCGUGCCCUGCGCUGCCCAGACUCGCGAACAAUACAGGUACGAUCCGCAGCGCCCGUCGCAGCGCCCGAGCAACUUUCCGGCCCGCACCACCCGCCCCGCGCCCGUCGCCCUCCGGCCGGCCUCAAACGGGGAAGCGAUCCAGUCAGGAUGGGUAAAGGGGACCCCAAGAAACCAAAGGGCAAGAUGUCUGCUUACGCCUUCUUUGUGCAGACCUGCAGAGAAGAGCACAAGAAGAAGAACCCGGAGGUCCCUGUCAAUUUUGCAGAAUUUUCCAAGAAGUGCUCGGAGAGGUGGAAGACGAUGUCUGGGAAGGAGAAAUCGAAGUUUGACGAAAUGGCCAAGGCGGAUAAAGUGCGCUAUGACCGAGAGAUGAAAGAUUAUGGACCUGCAAAAGGAGGCAAGAAGAAAAAGGACCCUAAUGCCCCCAAAAGACCACCGUCUGGAUUUUUCCUGUUUUGUUCAGAAUUCCGCCCCAAGAUAAAAUCCACCAACCCUGGUAUCUCCAUUGGAGAUGUGGCCAAAAAGCUUGGUGAGAUGUGGAAUAACUUAAGUGACAGUGAAAAGCAGCCCUACAUCACCAAGGCAGCGAAGCUGAAGGAGAAGUAUGAGAAGGACGUGGCCGACUAUAAGUCCAAAGGAAAGUUUGAUGGUGCUAAGGGCCCUGCUAAAGUUCCCCGGAAAAAGGUAGAAGAGGAAGAUGAAGAAGAGGAGGAAGAAGAAGAGGAGGAGGAGGAGGAGGAGGAGGAGGAGGAGGAUGAAUAAAAAACUGUUUCUCUGUCUCCUUGUGAAUCCCUUAGUGUAGGGAGCGCCGCGACUGAACGUCUCUUAGGUUAAAUGCCAGCCCGAGUUCGAUCGUGUAGUCUCAAAUGCUCUGGAAGUUGGCGGUAGUUGCCCUGUGUGGCUUGGGGGUCUGGAGCGCUGUGAAACUGUAUCAAAGCUGUACAUAUUUCCAGACAUUUUUAAACUGAAAAGGCACUCCGUGUUCUCCUCCUCGCUCUGUGCACUUUGCUGUUGGUGUGUAAAGGCGUUUGAAGAUGUCUCUGCCGUUCGUUUGUUUUUUAAUUUGUAAGGUGGUGUUAACUAUGUGGUUAUUGGUCAGAAACCCUUAGCUACCAACUGUACAUAUCUAGAGUUUGUAAAAAGAUCAAAGCAAUCCAGGCAAACCCUCGGUGCCCCCUGCUUGGCGCUGAGGCUGUGGGACAAAUGCCACCUGGAGGGGACCGUAGAGCUGUCGCCGCGGCUGUGGCGGGCGUCCAGUCAGCUUCUGUAUAUAGUGACCCAGCAUCCUGCUGCCCAUCUUAGCUGGGGGCCGAGAGGGUCAGCUGGCAUGAGAAGUGUUUGGAUUCCUCACUGUUUUGUUUUUUUAGUUAAGUGCAGUAGAUGGAAACUGUUUCCAGACUGUAGAACUCUUCAUUUUCCGCAGAGAGCCAAUGAAGGUUCAAAAAGCUUCUGUACUUAAACAGGAUUUGCAACGUUGUGUUAUUUUUUUGUAUGUUUAGAAUGCUGAAAUGUUUUCCAAGUUAAAUAAACAGUAUUACAUUUUUCAAAAUC